ACUAAAACAACGACAAGUAUUUGAGUACGUCCUUGCACCAGCACCGGCACUGAUGUAGCAGUGCUGGGAACCGAUCCACAUCCGUGAUAUAACACCCGCGCGCGCGAGACCGACGCCGCUACUUGAGCGCAUUUACGUGUCCCGCUCUAGAAAGCAAAAGGAAUGGCCAGCUCCUCGAGCUAGCUGGAGUACAUAGUAGCCAGCUCCUUCAACACGUCCUAGCUAGCUAGCCAGGAGGCAAUUAAUUAAGGCUCAAGCUAUCGAUCGAGCAAAACCCGAGCGAUGGCGGCGGCGGCGGCGGUUCUGAAGGUGCUGGGUUCGGCUCGGGCGGAGCUUUGCCUGCGGGGCGCGUGCGCGUGCGCGUCGGCGGCGGCGGCGCUGCUGCUGGGGCUGAGCGCGCAGACCAAGACGGUGUUCUUCGUCCGGAAGAAGGCCGUGCCCAGGGACGUCGAGGCGCUCUGGGUGCUCGUCGUCGCGGCCGCCGUCGCCGCCGGCUACCACGCCGCCCGAUUCCUCAAGCUCCUCUGCUGCCCCGGCGACGGCGACUCCACCAGGCCCGUCGCGUGGAUCUCUUUCCUCCUCGACAAGGGAUGCGCUUACGUGGUGUUGGCGUGCACGGCGGCGGCGCUGCAGGCGUGCUUCGUGGCGCUGGCGGGGGUGGAGCCCCUGCAGUGGAGCAAGCUCUGCAACAUCUACACCCGCUUCUGCGAGCAGGCCGCCGUCGGCAUGGUCUGCGCCCUCGCCGCCGCCGUCGCCAUGGCCCUCCUCUCCGCCUUCUCCGCGCGCCACCUCUUCCGCCUCUACUCGCCGUCGCCGCCACAGCGCGCCACGCAGCUGCCGAACCUGGGAUCAGACAGGAGACUCUUGACUCUGGAGCCAGAAGGAGACGACGCCCAGAGAAAGCAUGGGUGAUGAUUAAAUUCGGCUAGCGCUCGCUAGCCUUUGCCCUUUGCUUUGCUUUAGCACUACUGGCAGGCAGCUAGCAAAUACUCCGUACACAUGUAAGAACGUUUUGUGAACAUGAUAUGGCCGCUAAAACAAAUGAGGCCCAUGUGUUUAUCACUGUAUAUUGGGCUGUGCAUUGUUUAUCAACUGGGCUUAGACGAGUAAGAACAUUUCGGGAACAUAAUAUGGCCGAUAAACUAAAUGAGGCCCAGUGUUAUCUUUUCCGUAUAUUACGAAGUGGUGGACCGUGCAUGUUUA